AUGAAGUCCUUCUUCGUAUUUAUGCUGGCUGCGGCAUCUGUCGCCUGGACUGCUUACUGGAUGGAAGACAUCUCCCGUCAUGGCAUCGCCCCGUUUAACCCGGACAAGGACUAUCGCAUCUUCAGAAAUGUGAAGCAGUGGGGAGCCAAGGGCGAUGGAGUUACCGACGAUACUGCUGCUAUCCAUGCCGCCAUCAGCCACGGCAACCGUUGCGGCGGCGCACGCUGCGUUGGGUCGACUAUCACACCGGCCAUUGUGUAUUUCCCAGCCGGAACCUAUCUCAUCACCGCUCCAAUUGUCGGCUUCUACUACACUCAGCUGGUUGGGGACCCGACCCACAUGCCCGUCAUCAAGGCCUCUCCGAGAUUCCCAACACAGGCAAUCGCUCUUCUGGACGCCGACCCUUACAUGAGCAACGGCAAGCUCAAUUUUCAGGCGACGAACGUCUUCUACCGACAAGUCCGCAACCUGGUAUUUGACACGAGGGCUGUUCGCGGGAAAGCCACUGGGAUCCAUUGGCCGUCUGCCCAAGCCACUCUGAUCCAGAACUGUGCGUUCCAUCUAUCUUCUGACCCGAAAGACACCCAUGUGGGCAUUUUCAUGGAAGAAGGGAGCGGGGGCAUGAUGGUCGACCUCGUUUUCCACGGCGGCAAGUACGGUGCCCGGUUCGGCAAUCAGCAGUACACGAUGCGUAACCUGACCUUCUACGGCUCGGAUACCGCCAUCGACCAGAUCUGGAACUGGGGUUGGACGUACAAGUCGCUCAAGGUCGUUGGCUCCCGGGUUGGCAUCAACAUGUCAUCGUCCGACGUCGGGUCCGUCACCCUUCUUGACAGCUCGUUCGUCAAUGUCAGCACCGCUCUUGUAACCGGGCGAACUCCGGGCAACAAAACCGGUCUCGGCUCGUUGGUCAUCCAGAACGUGUUAUACACGAAUGUCCCAACUGUUCUGGCGGGGGCAGACGGGCAGCCUCUCCUCUUGGGAGAUCCGAACGGCUCUGUCCACGACGGUGGUUACGCGAGGGGCAAUAUGUAUGCUCCACACGGACCAUCCCUGCUGGAAGGACGCGAGUUCGCCUUCUCGCAGCCUGCGACCCUGAAGCUCGGAGACCGCUACUAUGAGAGAUCGAAGCCGCAGUAUGAACAAUACCCCGCCUCUGAUUUCAUGUCAGCUCGGGAUCACUAUGCUGUGGGUGACGGACAGACAGACGACACCUCUGCCCUCAACGCGCUGUUUCAAGCGGUCGCUGGUUCGUCGUACAUUGCCUACUUGGACGCCGGGUAUUACAAAGUCACCAACACUAUCUUCAUUCCGCCGAAUACUCGCGUCGUCGGCGAAGGUCUUGCCGCAAUCAUCAUGGGCGCUGGUGAGAAGUUCUUUGACCCAAACAAUCCCCGUCCUGUGGUUCAGGUUGGGAAGCAGGGCGAUGUUGGGUUCCUUGAGAUGAGCGACAUCAUCGUAUCGGCUCAAGGGGCAACUGCAGGAGCCGUCAUGAUCGAAUAUAACCUCAACACCCCGGCAGCCGAGAACACCUGCAGUCCAGGAAAUCCGCCUUCCGGCCUCUGGGAUGUUCACGUCCGCGUUGGAGGGUACAAGGGAUCCAAGCUUCAAGUUGCCCAGUGUCCUAUCACACCAAAUCAACACAACUACGUCAAUUCUUCAUGUGUCGCCGGGUAUAUGGGCAUGCACAUCACCCCGAGUGCCCGGAACUUGUACAUGGAGAACAACUGGAUCUGGGUGGCCGACCAUGACAUCGACGACUGGAACUCGACCCAGAUCAGUGUCUUUGUCGCUCGAGGGCUGCUGGUGGAGGGGAGCCGUAUCUGGCUGGUUGGGAGUUCGGUUGAGCACCACACCCUGUAUCAGUACCAGCUGGUCAACGCCUCAGAUGUCUGGAUGGGCCAGAUCCAGACCGAGACCCCAUACUACCAGCCAAACCCGCCGGCUCCGUAUCCAUUCACUCUGCUGAACGCCACCAUCCGCGAUCCCGAUUUCACCACCGACUGCCAGCACUACGCUGCGCCGAGUUCUCUGAGGCCAGGGACCAGCGCGCCGUGUGCCAUGGCAUGGGGCCUGCGUAUCCUCGAUUCGAAGGACGUGGUCGUGUUCGGUGCCGGUCUGUACAGCUUCUUCAACAACUAUGACACAAGUUGCAGCACCGCCGCGGCGGGCGAGGACUGUCAGGCGCGCAUCUUUUGGGUCGGCGACAGUAGUGGCAAGGCUGCGGACGUGCUGACGGUGGAGACGUACAAUCUCAACACCAUUGGCAGUGUUAGCAUGAUCACGCAGGGCAAGAUUGACAUGGCCACCUGGGAUCAGAACAGGGCGACGUUUGCGAGCACCUUGGCCGUGUUUCGGUCUGAGGGCGCAGCAAGGGAGGUUGGAGUAUGAAUGGGUGAAUGUCAGGUUAGUUGCACUAGGGACACUGUUGUGAUGGCGUUUGGCGUUGGGUUCGGA